UAGUGAGGAGCGAGAAAUAGAGAAGAGGAGAGGAGAGGAGAGGAGAGGAAUGGCGAAUAUCCGAAUGAGGAACAUGUGGUAUUGUGGUAACAUAACAUAGUGGCCAUUAAAUAGGAACACAACUUCCCUCGUCACUUGGCUUUUUCUUUUUUCAUUUGAGUCCCCACUAUCUCUCCCCUCACACUUCAAUUCAAAUAUUACUCUUUCCCAACCCAUUUCAUUAUCCUAUUCUAAUUCCACUUUUUCCACUCUCAGAUCCAUUCCUUUUUUUCAGAGCAACACCACACUCUCAGCUUCAGAUAUCUCUGCACCAUCCAAAAUUUUUAUUAGUAGCUUACUAUAUCAGUGUGAGAGACUCAUCACCAGCUAGCACUUGCUCUGGCAAAUGGCUUCAGGGGCUCAUACUAACAAGCAAAUGAAGAGGUUGGAAUCAAGGAAGUCACAUUCGUGGUGGUGGGAUAGCCACAUCAGUCCCAAGAAUUCAAAGUGGCUUUUUGAAAAUCUUGAAGAGAUGGAUAGGAAUGUGAAGCAAAUGUUGAAGCUGAUUGAACAAGAUGCAGAUUCCUUUGCCAAAAAGGCUGAGAUGUACUAUCAGAAGAGGCCAGAGUUGGUUGCUCUGGUUGAGGAGUUCUACCGUGGUUAUCGGGCUCUGGCCGAACGUUAUGACCAUGUCACAGUAGAAUUGCGGAAGAAUAUACCCUCUGAUCUCCAGUCUCAAGGAUCAGGUAUUUCAGACUCCGGCUCUGAGCCAUCCUCUACUUGGCCCUCUCCAAUGAAGGGGAGCCGCCAAAAGUCUAAAAACCGUGCAGCAGGGUUUGAAUACUUUCUUGGCUCUGGUGGAAAUGGUUCUGAUGCAUACCAGAAAGAUGUAGAUGACUCAUCUACACUGACAGAUUCUGAGGAGGAAUCCGAUGAUUCAUCAGUUAACAAUUAUUCAAGUUUCAAUGGCAGCGAUCCAGGGAUGAAUAGAAGAAUAUUGGAAUUGGAAAGCGAGCUUCGUGGGGUAAGAGAAAAGUUGUGGAUGCAAGAGGAGGAACAUGUAGAGGGUUCAUCUAGAGGGAUAAGAAAUGAGAACAUUGAAGAUGCUUAUUCCAAAAUUAAUGCAUAUGAACAAGAGCUGCUGACUGUGAAUGAAAAGUUAAGACUUUCAGAAGAAGAAAUCACUAAACUGAAGAUUGAGCUUAGAAAAUACAUACCUUUGGAUUCUGAAAAUUUGGAGGCUGGUGUAGAAUUGUCAUCAACUGAAGAAUACAUCAAGACAGGAAGGGAAACCAUUAAGGAAGAAGAGGUUCAAGGAAGUUUCCAGGGUCUGAAUAAGGAGUCAUUUGAGUCUAAUGGUGAGGUUGAAUCACUUGGGAAAGAGUUAAGAAUCACCAAGGAAAAACUCGAGGCUUCGGAAAAGCAAAUUGCUUCCCUGAAAUUUGAGUCCAAUAAAUCCUCUGAAAGAAUCAAGCAAUUGCAGGAGCAGCUUGACUUGUCUCGCAAGGACAUUGCUGCAUGGAAAUCUAAGUUUAACAGCGAGAAAAGAGAGAGCACCAAACUCCAAGAAAGACUUGCGAGGUUGAAGACUAGUCUAUCAGACCGAGAUCAUGAGAUCAGGGAUUUGAAAACAGCUGUAUCUGAUGCGGAGGAGAAAAUCUUCCCGGAGAAAGCUCAGAUGAAGGCUGAAAUGUCCAGUGUGUUGGAGGAAAGUGCUCACAUAAAAGAACAAAUCAGAGAAUGGGAAAGUCGUGGCCGAGCUUUUGAAGAUGACAUAAGAAGGAUCCAGACUGAAAAAUUAGAAAAGGAGGCGGCACUGAAGGGCGAAAUUGAGCUUUUAAAGGCAGAUAUUGAAGAGAAAGAAAAAAACAUAAAGGAUCUCAAUGUAAGCCUUGAUGCUAUGAAAUCAGAGAGAGAGACCCUAAAUGUAGAAGUUGGUUCACUCAAGGAAGAGGUAAAAUCAAGGGAUGGUAGGAUUGAACAAAUGAACAACCAUUUGAACCAACUUCACAUGGAACAUGUUAAAUUGAUUGCUGGAAUGGAAGAAGCACAUAGACAAGUGGAAGAACUGAAAUCAAAAGCUAAACAGCUAGAGGAUGAGGUUGAGAGGCAAAGAACAGUGAUCUUAGAAGGAGCAGAAGAGAAGCGCGAGGCAAUAAGGCAGCUAUGCUUCUCACUUGAGCACUACAGAAAUGGUUAUAACAUGCUAAAGAAGCAUUUUGUAGGACACAAGAGGGUUCCAAUUUUGGCUUCCUAGUUAAAACUAUAUCUUCUUAGUAUGAUCUUGUAUAUUUCCUUGUACUCUUCAAUUUCUCCUGUAUUUGGGAUGCCUUGGUAUGGUUUUUUAAGGUUCUGAUGUUGUAUAAGUCAAGGUCAUGGUGUACUAUAAUAGGGGGUAGCCAUGGUUUCAUGGUUGAUUUUACACUUUGGCUUGUAAAGUAGAUAUAUAUGAGUUGGAGCUAAGUGUCAUCAGGUUCUUGAAGAUGAAGCUGUGGAGUGUGGAGGAUGAAGCACCUUCCUUUUGAGGGCAUUUAGAAGAGAUUGAAAAUUUGGGGAAUGGAUUUUUUCAAUUUUUUUUCUCAAUUGUUUGGAAAAAUGUGAUCUUUCACCUUAUACUCUUUAAGAGGGAUCAAGAGAAAACAUGUUAGAAAAGAUAUUGAAUGGUGAGAGAAUAUAUUUUACCAAAUAAUUAAGAGAAAAAAAAAUGAGAGGUUCCACUCUUUCCACUUGUAGUUAAAUGCCUAGUUUUCUUUUGGAUUGUGUUGAUUGCUAAGCUCUAUGUUAAAAAGAGAGAGACUACAUUAUAAUUUUGGGUGUUAAAUUGAACACUCCCCCGCCCCUUUCUUUUUUCUUUUUAAAAAACUAUAUUAAUGAUAAUUAAAUUUAAAACAUUUCAUCCAAUAUAUUCAAACCCAUCACCACCAGAUUUUAGGUU